GACAACUUUGCAGAGGGUUGAGCUCCAGCAGCCGCCGCCCGCCAACACUUGCGAUUGAAGCACAAUGGGCAAGAUUAAGAAGAGGGGCCAGGCCGGCCAGGCCAAGAACUACAUUACACGCACACAGGCGAUCAAGAAGCUGCAGAUCAGCCUGCCCGACUUCCGCAAGCUGUGCAUCUGGAAGGGCAUCUACCCGCGCGAGCCCAGGAACCGCAAGAAGGUGUCCAAGUCAGCCACCGCCUCCACCACCUUCUACUACACCAAGGACAUCCAGUACCUUCUGCACGAGCCGCUGCUGCAGAAGUUCCGCGAGCAGAAGGUCCUCGAGAAGAAGAUCUCCCGCGCCCUCGGCCGCGGCGAUGUCUCGGACGCCGCACGUCUCGAGCGCAAUGCUGCGCACCCCGAGAAGACGGGCAAGCCGCGCUACACGCUCAACCACGUUAUCCGCGAGCGCUACCCGACCUUCAUCGACGCCCUGCGCGACCUGGACGACUGCUUGUCGAUGCUCUUCCUCUUCGCCAACCUCCCGUCUACCACGGCCGUGCCUGCCAAGAUGAUCGCCCGCUGCGAGCGCCUUUGCCUCGAGUUCCAACACUACCUCAUUGUCUCUCACAGUCUCCGCAAGUCGUUCCUGUCGAUCAAGGGGAUAUACUACCAGGCAAACAUCCAGGGCGAGGAUAUCCUGUGGCUGGUGCCGUACAAGUUCAACCAGAGGAUCGUUGGAGACAUCGACUUCCGGAUCAUGGGGACCUUUGUCGAGUUCUACAUGACGCUGCUCGGUUUCGUCAACUACAGGCUGUACACGUCCGUCGGCCUGAAAUACCCGCCCAAGUUCGACCAGCUCAAGGACGACCAGGGUGCCGAGCUCGGCGCUUUCUCUCUCGAGGGUGCAAACCUUGCGACAAACGGCGAGACCAAAGCCAUCACAAACGGUGAGGCGGAGCAUGGCCCCGAUCCCAAGGUUCAGGCCCAGGUGGACAAGCUGGUGCAACAGCUGAGGGACGAGUCAAAUGGCGAGAAGGCGGACGAUGAGAGCCCGGCUGGCGAAGCAGACGGAGAGGACAAGCCCAGCGACGCAAUUGACAAAUUUGAGCCCGUGGCCCCCGGUGGUGACGUUCUGCCGCAACCAUCAGACAGCAGCAGCGACCCCUCGCAGCUUUUUUCCAAGUUUACUUUCUAUCUCUCCCGUGAGACGCCUCGCCAGCCGCUGGAGUUUAUUCUCCGCGCGUUUGGCUGCAAGAGGAUAGGCUGGGACUCGGUCCUUGGUGAGGGCGCCUUCACGACAGACGAGUCCGACCCGUCCAUCACACACCAGAUCGUGGACAGGCCGGUGGUACGGGCCGCGAUGAGCGGUGAGGGCGACGGCGAGGAUAACCAAACGGCGCAGAAGCUCGGACCGAACCACCGAUAUCCUGGGCGGGUGUAUGUGCAGCCUCAGUGGGUGUGGGAUAGCGUCAACGAUGAAGAGCUGAAGAGCCCUGAACUCUAUGCGCCCGGGGCGGCGCUGCCACCGCAUCUCAGCCCAUUCGUCAAGCCCACACAGGGCCAGUAUGAUCCUACCAUUCCUCUGGAGGAGCAACAGACAGAAGGCGAGGCCAUUGAGGCUGAGCUGGAGGACGCAAACCAGGAGGGCGAGGGAUCUGAAGUGGAGAACGACAUGGACGUUGCUUCCGAAGUAGAGGACGAGGAAGAAGAGGAGGGAGAAGACGGCGACUUUGGCGGGUUUUCUGAGGAAGAGGAAUAUGAGGAGGAAGAGUCCGAGGAGGCGGAAGAGUCUGCGACACUGCAGCGGCAGCGCGAGCUCGAAGCCGAAAUCUCGGGCAAGUCGGUUCCAGGCAAUAACAAGAAGGUGGAUGCCAAGACCAAGGCGAAGCUGGAGGCGAAGAAGGCCCUCGAGCGCAAGAAGCGGCAGGAGGCCGAGGACCUAGAGCGGGCCAAGGGCAUGCUCAGCAAGAAGAAGCGCAAGCUGUUUGAGCAGAUGCAGUACACGAACAACAAGAAGAGUGCGGAGGAUAUGAAGUUGCAGCAAAAGAGGAGGAGACUGGAGAAAGAGAAGAAGGCGUAGUGGUGUUGUUUUAUAAGGUCUGCGUACGUCAUAAUGAGAUACCAUUGAAGGUUUCCAGUUGUCCGGGUGAACGGGUUGUUUCACUGAACAGUUGCUUCUAGAGGAACGAUAUAUUUUGUACAUUCUCGAGGUAUGUUCGACCUCCUGAGGGAUUCAGUACAGACAUUACGCCCUUUCAUCGCAUAACUACUAUAUCUGGCAGCCGACUUUUGACUCCGUCAGACCCCCGACAAAUCCCAAUACCAUCCCAUAGAUGAUAUGCGCUGCUCAUACGUGUACUUUCAAC